UACUGUGAAAUUUGAUAACAUUUCUUUGUAAAACAUGUAUUGUAUAGACGCUUUGAUGCAAUAUAGGUUUUUUCCUUGACAUAACCAUUGGAGAAUUGUCGAGAUUUUUCUUUCGAAUUGAUAGAAAUUCCGAAUGGGUUUUUAUAAAAGUGCGGUGAAUAAAUAUCAACGUAAUAUAAAUAUAAUAGUAGAAACAUAUUACACAUAGCGGCAGUUUAUUACAAAUAUAAAGACUGAACACUUGAUUUGGUUCUUUUGACUUGAGCGGUUCUUUUAAAAUUUUCGACGAAAAUGAUGUAGAAGACAAUUUGGAAGAAGACACCGAUUGUAUGAAGUCACCUGUUAUACUGAUCCCGGGCUUAGAAGGGAGCACAUUGGAAGCAAAAUUGGACAAACCAAACGCUCGUCAUUGGUGGUGUUUUAAGAAAAGUGAUUAUUUUAAUCUUUGGCUUUCGGUGUAUCCAGUUCUUUCGUUUGAUUGUUGGUUAGAUAAUCUAAAAUUGGAGUAUGAUCCUGUUAGACGUAAAACCAAAAAUUCACCUAUAACAAGAGUACCUGCGUGGGGAGAGACAAAAACAAUAGAAUGGAUUGGCGAAUAUUUCGGUGCCUUUUAUUACUUCAUUGUGGAUGCUCUUGUGGAAAGAGGCUAUGUUCGAGGGCAAAAUCUCUUUGGUGCACCAUACGAUUUUUGUAAUGGACCAAACGAGCUCAAAUAUUGGUUCGAGCAAUUGAAGCAUUUGACUAAGUAUGCAGUUGGAAGCAAUAACGACGUUGGCGUUACCUUCAUUGCGUAUUCAAUGGGCGGACGUAUGUUGUUGCACUUUCUUCAACAAAUGCCGCAGAGCUGGAAAGAUAGUGCGAGCAAUUCAAGCAUUAUCAAUUGGAUAUGAUCUUUACAUAGUUUUCUUAACAUCGAUUAUUUCAAGUAACAAACUCAAUGAGAUUCAGAAAACGUUUCCAUCGAUUGUUUGGCUAAUGCCAUCGGAACAUUUUUGGGAACCAUAUACCUUGUUGGCUGAUAUCAAUGGAAAGAUGUACACACUGAAAAAUAUUGAUGAUUUUUUUCAAGAUAUUGGCCUUCCGGACGUGGUCGAAAUGAGAAAGGAUCUAUCCGCUUAUAAUAAUUUUACAGCACCUGGAGUUGAAAUUCAUUGCGAAC